AGAGUACACCGCAGCCGCGGCCUGAGGUAGACGGUUUGGCUCGAACCGGUUUCUCGGCACAUCCCGCCGGACUCCGAAGAGCGUCGGAUCAUGGACGGGCUCAGGGCCAGCGCAGGGCUGCUGAGGCGCGGGCGGCUGCGGCGCCGGCGCCAGCCGCAGCCGCACGGCGGGUCGGUCCUGGCCCUCCCGCUGAGGCCCAGGAAGAUCCGGAGGCAGCUGAGGAGAAGCGUCGCGUCCCGCAUGGCCGCGCUGAGGGCCCAGACGCUGCCGAGCGAGGACUCGGAAGACUCGCGGGUGGAGUCGACGGUCGACGACCCCGGGGACCCGCUCUCCGGCGGGGCGGCGGCCAUCCCGGACGCGGUCCGGCGAGAGCCCUACGGCCACAUCGGGCCUGCGGAGCUGCUGGAAGCCUCGCCGGCGACCCGCUCCCUGCAGACCCCGCCCGCGCGCCUGGGGGAGGCGCAGACUCCGCCGGCGCGCUUGGUGCCGGCCCCCGCGCCACCCGCGCGCCUGGGGGAGGUGCCCGCCGCGCCCGCCCGCGCGGUGGAGACCUCGGCCCUUCUGUGCUCCGCCCCGCCAUCCGCGGCUGCCGCGACGUUGUCGGGACCUCAGGGGGACAGCACGGGCGGGGAGGUGCCCUGGGACUCUCCGCUGCAGCGCAUCCUGGCGGAGCUGAACCGCAUCCCCAGCAGCCGGCGGCGGGCUGCGCGCCUCUUUGAGUGGCUCAUCGCGCCCAUGCCGCCCGACCAUUUCUACCGGCGCCUGUGGGAGCGGGAGGCGGUGCUGGUGCGGCGCCAGGACCACACCUACUACCAGGGUCUCUUCUCUACCGCCGACCUGGACUCCAUGCUGCGCAACGAGGAGGUGCAAUUUGGACAGCACCUGGACGCAGCACGCUACAUCAGCGGGCGGCGCGAGACCUUGAACCCUCCCGGCCGCGCUCUGCCCGCCGCGGCGUGGUCCUUGUACCAAGCCGGCUGCUCCCUGCGCCUCCUCUGCCCGCAGGCUUUCUCGACCACCGUGUGGCAAUUUUUGGCUGUGCUCCAGGAGCAAUUUGGAAGCAUGGCAGGGUCCAACAUUUAUCUCACGCCCCCCAACUCGCAGGGCUUUGCUCCACACUACGACGACAUCGAAGCUUUUGUGCUGCAGUUGGAAGGCAGGAAACUCUGGCGUGUCUACCGACCCCGGGUUCCGACUGAGGAACUAGCCCUGACAUCCAGUCCCAACUUCAGCCAGGACGAUCUGGGUGAGCCUGUGUUGCAGACAGUGCUGGAACCUGGAGAUCUGCUCUAUUUUCCUCGGGGCUUCAUUCACCAAGCCGAAUGCCAGGAUGGAGUCCACUCUCUGCACCUCACCUUGUCCACAUACCAGCGUAAUACUUGGGGUGACUUCCUGGAGGCUGUACUGCCUCUGGCAGUGCAGGCUGCAAUGGAGGAAAAUGUGGAGUUUCGUCGGGGUCUGCCCCGAGACUUCAUGGAUUACAUGGGGGCCCAGCAUUCGGAUUCUAAGGAUCCGCGAAGAACCGCAUUCAUGGAGAAGGUGCGGGUCUUGGUUGCCCGCUUGGGACACUUUGCCCCUGUCGAUGCUGUGGCUGACCAGCGAGCUAAAGACUUCAUCCACGAUUCUCUGCCCCCUGUGUUGAGUGAUAGGGAGAGAGCACUAAGUGUUUAUGGGCUCCCAAUUCGCUGGGAGGCUGGAGAACCUGUGAACGUGGGGGCCCAGUUGACAACAGAAACAGAAGUGCACAUGCUUCAGGAUGGAAUAGCUCGUCUGGUGGGUGAAGGAGGCCAUUUGUUUCUCUAUUACACAGUGGAAAACUCCCGUGUUUAUCAUCUGGAAGAACCCAAGUGCUUGGAGAUAUACCCCCAGCAAGCUGAUGCUAUGGAACUCUUGCUUCGCUCCUACCCAGAGUUUGUGAGAGUAGGGGACCUACCCUGUGACAGUGUGGAGGACCAGCUGUCCUUGGCAACUAUGUUAUAUGAUAAGGGGCUGCUGCUCACCAAGAUGCCUCUCAGCUGAUUUGGUUUCUUGUUGAUGGCUGGAAACAAGACAGUAGUGAUCCUCUCUUCUGCCACCACUUUUUUUUUUUUCCAAACUCAUGUUCUUACCUUGAUAACCAUCAAUGUGCUCACACUUACCUUUAUGAGUGUUUCAAUGUCAUAAAACUCAGAUGGUCUUCUAGGAAAUAUCUCAUCUAGGCACAAAAGUAAAAGCAGAAGUUAGAGUUGGAAAAACGGAGUUAUUUCUGCAGAAGUAACCUUGACAGCUGGUCGUCGAGUACCAACUUCAUCAUUAUUCUCAGGCUUCAGUGUACUGUACAGCACUUGCUGUGUCAUUCUGCUUGAGACUUUAGAAAUUUGUAUUUGGAAUUUGCAUCCUUCAUUUGAAUUUCAUUUGAGAUCAGCAGUGGGGGGAGGGGUUGGGGUCAGUAUUCUGUUUGUUAUCGUGAGUUUGUAUGAAUGUUAGAAAAGUUAUUAAAGUGCCAAAGAAUGUUUUCCUUUUCUAAGGCUAGAUUAUUAUUUGGCAUGAUUUGAAGAAAUGUGUAUGCAGGGGAUGGAGGUGAUGUAAUAGAGAUAAAAACUAAUAGGGUGGCUGUAGGACGGGGGCCAAUUCUAUAACUUUGGGGGCAGUUUACUCAUUUUAGUCAUGCUACUUGAGCCCCAAACACCACAAUCUAAGAAAACCUAUGAGUCUGUUUUUAAGCAUAUGUUUUGUUUCUAUUUUUAUGUUAAGCUCAGUGCUUGCUUGCAUCAAUGGCAGAAGCCUCUCCCAAAGGGUCAGCAUGUCAUCUAGUUGUGCUAUUGUCAUAGGCCUCAGCUGAUCAACUUGUAGCAAGCUGGCCAAGAGGGAAGGCUGGUGUCCAAGUUACUUUCCACUCUCAUUUUUUUCUGGCAGUUGGAAGAAACUUCCCCAAAUCUGCAAGUGAAUAUUCUCAUGGUUGGUGAAAAAGAGCCUGGUGAACCAGAGAGAGCACUGGACUUGGAACCAGAAGACCUGGGUUUGGGGUGGUGGCUGGUAGGCAGCUGGCUGAGUGACCUGAGGCUGCUGCUACGCGUGGGCACACAAAUUUUGUAAGUAUAUUUUGGUAUAGCUUGAUGUCCGCACCUCAUCUUUAUCACCACAACUGCUAGGUUCAGUUACAUAAGAUUGAGAACUUUAUUAUAAAGUCUUUUUCUUAAGUUGCAAAAGCAGAGAUAUACAGAAAAAGCAAAAGUGACAGCUCUCCUUCCAACCUCACUUCCUAGCAGUAACCAUUAUUAAAGGUUAAGCUUGCAAGACUUUUUUGAGGGGAGGGGUGCUUAAUCAGAUUCACACAGUAGUUUUUCCUUUUUUGACCUAACUUUUCUAUCACUUCAAACAGAGCUGCCUCAUUUUUGUAAGGGACAAAAUAGCAAAUAAAAGGCGGAAAAUAAUAGCCAAAGAACUGAGAGGAUGGUGGUCUAGAAGGAAAGGAAGUAGGUUUUCUUGCCGUUCACCCUACACAGCUCUACUAUUUGGCUAAAUACCCUAGAUCUAGAAAAGCUUGUUAAGGCGUCAAUGCAGAGGCCUCAUCUCUAGGAAACUUACCCUGAAAAGUUUUCUGAAGUAAAGUAUGUAGUUUCAAUGGGCUUUGCCCCUCUUUGGGUUGCAGGUAAACACGUUUUGCUUCUUCCUUUACUUUUCCUAUGGCCUUCUCAAUCUUUAAUAUUUUCUGCGUCAGCAAGUCCUUUUGACUCAGUGCUUGAAUCUAAAUCAGUACAAAUAAAGUUGAAAAAAACCACACUAGGCUGCAAAACAUCAAAAAUCAAUAAAAGAACGAUCGUGGGUGGUACAUAAAUGUCUGGGAGCAUUCUUCUUUUGUGAUAUUAGUUGGAUGUUUUUAUGCCUGUUAAUGAAAUUUUUACUUUAGCUUUUUGGGCAUGAUGAAAGGAACUUGCUAAGAAAUACUUGGCUUGGGAAGUUGGCUUACAUUAGGCAAGAAUCUUUUACCUUUGUACCUAUCUUUUUACCUAUAUUCCUUCAUCUCCUCUAGCAACUUUGAAAACUUUGAGCCACCUGUUUAGCUAGAGCUUUCCUUUGGGGAAAGAGCCCAGAUUAGUAGCUAAAAAUCUAGAGUGCCAGCUCCAGUCCCUCAUUCCUUCUUUAUGUCUAUCUGCAAAAUAGAAAGAACUUGGAUUUAGGGGGUGGUGGUGGGGAGAAAGUGGGAAGGGAAGGGAGCACUAUUUCAGAAGCAACAAUAACAAACCCUGACUUUGAGGACUACUUGAUAAGACUAACAUUUGAUCAGUUUCCCCCCCCCUUUUUUACUGAUAGGAUUUUGCAGUCCUGUCUUGUACAGGUGUGUUGCAUCUUCAAAUGAUAUACUGGCUUGUCAUGAUGUAUUUUUUCUAUGUUUUUUAAGAGAAAAAAUACGUCAUGACUUUUCCAACAACCGAACAGAUGGGGUUAUAGAAAGUAUUUCUGUAAUGGGGAAAAGGGUUCGUACCUGCUUGGGGUAGGGAAGUUCUAAAGAACUUUUGAGAACCCUGAAAUUACUCUUGAUAAGCUUGCACUUAUCUACCUUGUUCUUGAUCUCUUGAAGCAAUUCUUGGUUUCCUUCUUUUUCUAAGUUGAGUAUCUUCAUUGCCUGGUGAAUUUCUCUGAAAGAUAACAAGGACUUCUUAGAUUAUUCUUAGUAUCCUUAAAAAAAAGCAUGGAGGUUGAAAAUACAGGAUUUGGAAUCAGACAAUUCUAAAUUCCAAUUCUGUGUUGUUGUGCUGUGCCUUAUUUGCAAAAAUAUCACUAUAUGAUACUUGUAGGGAUGUUGUGCAGUUUUCGAAAUGAUGGAUUUGAAGGCAUAUUUAUUGAUCACCUUUAUGACAGGUACUUAAGCGUGUCAUUUCAUUAGUCACUACCACAAACCCAUAAGCUAGACCACCAUCUGCAUUUGAUACAUGAAAAAAGGGCUGAGAAUUUAAGUCAUUAACCUAAGCUCACAGAGUUAAUGCAUGUCUCAGCUGGGAUUUAAAACUUGUGUGUACUAAACAGGCACUUGGUAAAUGUAAGUUGAAUAAAUAAAUAACUUAAAACCUCCUGGAGUAGAGGUGCAUGAACUUGGUUUUCAAUCUAAUUUGGGCAAGUUUUUCUUUUACUCACUUGGGUUAAGUAUAUAAAUGGUAAGCCUGUGCUUUUGAGCUAUUAGGCAGCCUGGGAAAAGGCAGGGUAUAUUCUGUUAACAAAGAUGGGAGAGGAGAGACCUCCCUGGUAGCUCAGGGGGUUAAGUCUCAUCACUAUGAAACUAUCUGCAGCCACUGCAGCACGAGUUCGAUCCCCAACCAGGAAGCUAACUCACAUGGUACAGCAGACCUUUCCUGUCUUGCUCACUGCUCCCCUCAGCAUUGUAUUUCAGUGGAUCCACCUGUUCUGCUCCCCACUCUGUCUCUGGUGAAUCCUCUCACCCCUGUACCUCUGGCCUAUAUCCCAGUUGUUCUUGUAUGCAUAAAUAAAUCUUAAAAAAAAAAAAAUAAAAACAACAAAGAUGAAAGAGGAGUGUGUAAAAGGGGACAAUUGUAUGUUGAAGAAUAGAACUGGACUUUCAAUGGUGGGCUUAUUGUAGUGUAUAUAUAUAAUUUUUUUUUUUUUAAGAUUGAUUGAUUUAUUUAUACAAGCACUGGGUACAGUCAGAAGCGCGGGAGGGUGAGAGAAUUCACCAGAGCCAGAGCGGGGAACAGAACAGGCAGACCGACGAAAUACACUGCUGAGGGGAGCAGCGGACGUGGCAGGAGAGGUCUGUCGUGCCAUGUGGGACCCUCGCCGGUGGCCGGGGAUUGAAUCGGUGCUGCAGAGGCUGCAGGCAACUUCACAGCCCAGCGCUCAACCGCUGCACCACGAGGGGAGGCCCUGUAUAUAAUUUUUAAUGAUGCAUACCUGAAACUUAUUAAUGUUAUAAUGCAAUGCUACUUCAAAUAAUAAAGAAAACAAGGAUGGUAGAGUCGGCAGUGCAAGGGGUCAGGGCAGGAACUAGAGGUUUAGUGCUUACUUUAGAACAGCAUCAUGAUUCUCUAGGAGCAGCACAUCUAGGAAGGUAUCCCUGACCCGAUCUCCUUGAAGUUUGAGGGCUGUAAUGCUGCGGCAAGCUUCUAGUCGUACACCUGGUGACUCUUCAUAGUGAAUAGCCCAAAGCAGAAGUUCUGUUAGCUGGGGACUUACUUGGCCAAUCUGUCCCAAAGCUGCAGAAAUUAGAAGGCAAGUUGGCCAUCUCGCAUCCAGAAAUGGCCUUAUCAAUAAUAAUGUGUAACAGCCACCUGCUCAGUUAAGUAUUGUAAAUGGUAUGCUAAAUAUUUUGCCUGUUUCUUUUUGGAUGACAAUUACCAUUAAAAUUUUAGGGAUGGGUUAGAAUAGGACAUGAUCUCCAAAGGAUUUCUAGGACUGAUUUUCCCAGAGACAUGCCAAAGACUGUCAGGGAAAAACAGAGGUAAAGAUCCCUAAAAAUAAACUCAAGGAAAAUUUUAGGGCAGGGCUUUAGUUCAUGUCAGUCUUGAAUCUGGUCUGACUUUUACAGGGUCCUAUAGUUGAAACCUCAAAAAAAAGUAAAUGUAUUCAACAUGUGGAUACCUUCUUAGAACUUACACCUAAUUUUGUUGGCAGGGACAGUCUUAGCUCUUUGCCUUAAGUUUGAAGAGACCUAGCCUGGCGAUCCUUAACUAAAAAUUAAAAAGAGGAAAAUAAUCUUUAAUUUCCCAGGCAAGGAACUUCUGAGAAGCUGUGAUCAUCCCCUUGCCUAUACUCUAACCCAUUCCUAGAGAGAUUCAGGAGAUCAUCUAUACUGAUAUGUGGGAAGGGAUUUUAGGUUGAAGGGCUGGAACUACUCCUUCUGUAAUACCUCGAAUGGCAACAGCCUUGAUUUUCCAGUAAGGAUCUGUCUGUAUCAGAUUCUGAAGGCAUUCAAGGACCUGGGAUGGAUAAAAGGCAGUGUUGACGGGAGAGAACCAGAGCAAGAAUGAACUAGAGAUAGUGACCCCUCCUGUCUCUAAAAUGUGCUGUAACUGAAAAAUAACCUAUCAAUUCUAGUAACAAGUGAGCUGGAACCUGGAAUACUAGCAUGCACAUGUAGUAUAUUAGCUGAAUUAUAUCUGUAGAUUGACAUUCUCAACUCACAGAUCUCUGCCUUACAGGCUUAUUUUGAACACCUCCAUCAAGUUUUCUUCUAAUAACUGGGGGUUAUAACUCAAUUUAUGGAGUUGAUCUUAAAGCCCACCAGCUUCCAUGUAAUGGGAAGCUAGUUGGCUGAGGUGAGAAAGGAUUCAGAAGUGUAGUCUACAGUGAAGCCUGAGCUGGCUGGGAAUUUAAUGUGGUCCUAACUGAUAUGUCUGGCUUAUAUCCCUCUCCUUCCUGGUCCUGAUAGCUCUGUGUCCCCUUAGGAUAGUGAGAGUAUGAUACACAAUAAUAUUGCCCUCUAUACUUUAAUCAUGUAAGAUGGGAAUGUGAUUCCUAGACUCACCAUCUUAUCCCGGAUCUGCAGGGCACCGGCUGCCUGACAGGCUGCCCGCCGAACUGCCAUAAAGUCAUCCGAGAAGCAGUUCAGGAAAUUUGGGAGGAGCUUGGCGGUCAUGAGUUUGAGUCCACCAAUCAGGGUGAGGGCUUCCACACGCUCUUGGGAAUUUCCUUGACCCAGCUUGACUCUGUAAGAGUGAAGAAUGGUGUACUUGUGAAAGAGAAACCUACAACCCUCAACCUGGAAGCAGAUAUGGGCCUAAAAAUGGAGUGGGAGGGUAGAACCAGCCCAAGGGAAAAGAGCAAGGGUUUACAUUACUUCCUCUGGAAGCAUUGGGACAGGAUCAACCUUAAUGGUAAUGUCUGCUUACCUGCUUCAGGAACCGGCUGGGAGGUCCACCUUUCUGGAACUUCAGGGAAGAUCUUAGAGAGAUGCUUCUUGUACCGAUUAAGGUUUGCCAGUAAUAUUUCGUCUCUCUUUCUGCCUAACUGGUGGAUGAUCUGGACUUUGUCUGUGAACAGAUAAAUAAUGAGUCCCCAGCAUCUCUCUCCUUCUCUUCCUGGGUUUUUGAUCACCCAGAUCAGACUCGGAUUCUUUUGACCUACUCUAAGCCCCUAGGCAUUGUGACUACCAGGGUGUGGGGCAUCUCUUGCAGGUGACUGGUGCUUGGAAAUAUGAACUGGUAGCUUAGAGACCUGGAAGCCAAGGCAGAACCUGUCUAACUUAGAGGCAUUGUCCCCUUUAAAAAGCUAGAUUCUAAUAAAGGGCUAUCUAAUUCAUUGCUUAUCAGUCAUAUGAAUAAUUUUGUUAGACACUUUUAAAAGACUUUCAGUUGGGGGCCUCCCUGCUGGCACAAGGAUUUAAGUGUCAGCACUUUGAAGCUGUCCACAGCCACUGCAGCACGAGUUCAAUCCCCGGCCAGGGAGGUGACCCACAAGGCACAGCAGACCUCUCCUGUCUUGCCAGCUGCUUCCCUCAGCGUGUAUUUCUGUGGAUCUGCUUGUUUUGCUCCCAAUUCUGUCCCUGGUGAAUCCUCUCAUACACUCUCCUGGCCCCCCGCACCUCUGGUCUACACUCCUCUUCUAUGUAUAAAUAAAAUAAAUAUUAAAAAAAAAGUUUCAGUUGGUAGCAAUUUAGAAACAAGAUGGGAGUAGGGAAGAAUAAACAAGUUGGAACAUGCAGAUCUAAAUCAUGCAUCCUGGAGUCUAGGCAUCUAAGGAAUGGCAAAAUGGAAGAGGAAGGUUGUAUUUUUGUUACUAUCAUUUUACAAAUAAAGUAUAAAAGGUACAGACUCCAAUACCUUUGAUUUUUUUUGCAUCAUGGCACUGCAUUGGGAGAAUAUCUCAAAGUGAGAAAGGUGGGCAGAGAAGUAGGUUAUAUAAAAAGGUAGGUUGCCUUCUUUACAAC